AUGAAAUUAGGUGGUGCUUUAUUGUCUGCAGCCUUUUAUGGGCAAUUGGCACUUUCUUUUGAUCUGCACCAUUUGGCCUCCAAUGUUAAUAACUAUGCUUGUCCAGCAGGUACCCCGGUGAGUUGCUCUGCUUCUGGACAAGUAUCUGAUAAAUGUUGCUAUGAAUCUCCUGGUGGAAUUCUCCUGCAAACUCAAUUUUGGGAUUAUGCCCAAUCUGUCGGGCCAGCUGAUUCUUUUACCAACCAUGGUUUAUGGCCAGAUAACUGCGAUGGGACGUAUCAACAAUUUUGUAAUACUGAUAACCAAAUUGAUGAUGUUUCCAAUUUGUUAAACGACCCUCAAUUCAAUGGAGCUGAUGCUCCUAUAGCGGGAUCUGACUUGUUGUCAUCCAUGGAAACCUAUUGGAAAAGCGACAACGGCGACGAUGAAAGUUUAUGGACCCACGAAUAUAAUAAGCAUGGUACCUGUAUCAACACACUAGCAGCAGACUGCUACGAAAAAUGGGGUGUUACUUCUGACCCUAAAAAACAAGCUGUGUACGAUUAUUUCAGAAUCGCCAUGGAUCUUUUUAGCAAAAAGAAUACCUAUGAAACAUUAAAGGCCGCUGGUAUUGUUCCAAGCAAUGACCAAACAUAUUCUCAAAGCCAAAUUGCAGAUGCAUUGAAGCAAGGGCAUGAUGGCUUUGAAGUUCAUUUUAUAUGUGAUGAUAAUGGUGCUCUAAACCAAGUGUGGUACUACCACGUCUUACAAGGUUCUUUGUUAGGAGAGCAAUUUACUCCUAUUGAUUCUUUGGAGCAUGAUACCAAAUGUCCUCAAGAUGGUAUUUCUUACCCUCCAAAGGGACAAGCUUCUACGACGCCUCCAAAUAAGCCAAACCCACCAAGUAAUCCAAACCCACCAACAUCUGGAAAUACUGGAAGUAUCCAAGUUUCUGACGGGAGUUCCUUUUUGAUUAGAAAUGGACAUUUAUACUCUGGUGGUAGCCCUGCUACUUUUACUCUUAUUGAAGCACAAUUUGGUGGCUAUAAUUUAAAGUCAGGUGCAGGAUACUGUAGUGUUGGUAGCUCAGAUGGAUUGCUUUCUUGUGAUCAGGACGUUAGUCAAGCCUCCCAAUUUGACUUUGACUCUGAUAGUGGAAGCAUCGGGUACAGUGGAAGUAACGAUUGGCACGCUGACUCUCAACCUGAUGGAAACGAACAGCUCCCUGUUUAUGCUGGGUCCAGUGACAGUGGUUACACCUUCCAACUUAACUUUGUUCAAGGGUAG